AAUAUGGGCUGGCAACGACUGCACCGCAAGUAUAUGGGCCGACAACUACAUCGCAAGGAUACGUGUUCGGACCACGAGGUCGAAACCAAACAAAGCAAGCCUUCCAUAGGUUUAUGCAGAAGGAGAAGCGGAAGCAACAUCAGCAAAGUCAGCAAGCCAACCGGCUUGCAAUGAAUCGGCUUGCACCGCAAGGAAGUGUGCCCGCACCGUCUGUAUCGCAAGGUUAUGUGCUGGCAAUGACUGCACCGCAAGGAUAUGGGCCGGCAACGACUGCACCGCAAGGAAAUGGGCCGACAACGACUGCGCCGCAAAGAUAUGGGCCCGCUCCGCCUGUACUGCAAGGAUAUCUCGCACCGCUUGUUCCGCAAGGAAAUGUGCCAGCAACGACUGUACCAGAAGAACAUGUGGUCGCACCGUCUGUACUGCAAGGAAUAUUAAUUCCGAACGCAAAAGCACUACAUGACAUGGCAGCAUUACGGGUGGCCUUCUAAUCAUCAGACACCUGCGGAAUUCAAAGUUCGCCCGUGGCGA